UAACCCAAUCCAAAAUCUUGAAUUAUUUUAAGUUCGGACAUGAUCAUGUCGGGUUUUAAAUUGAAAAGGCUAGUUUUUCGUGGAGAUAGGACGGGUUGAUAUUUGCAACCUGAAUCGAAGUAGCUAAUUUAUCUUUCCUUUCUUCUUGGAUUUUGUUCUGUAACUUGCGGACACCGGGCGCAUCCUAAUUUCUUCAGCUCUUUCUUCUUCCUCCCUCUUCAUCGAAAUCACAAUUGUAAAAUAUAACUGGAAUUGCCAGCUCGAGAACAUCACUUCACUACUAAGGAUCUAGUGUGCGAGGCUGGGAAAACUGAAAUAUUCUUACGAAUUGUGAUGUUUUGCUGCGGGGAAGAGGAAGGAAGCUGUGACCUUAUAACCCUAAAUUAAGAAGCUUUCUCUUUGCAGACCUUUUUGUUUCAGCUUCUAAGGCUCAUCUAGCUCUCAAAUUCUAAGCUGAAAGCAACAAUGGCAACUGAGUCACUGAGUUCUGCUCGAAAAGUGAUUGUUCAGUUAAAAGCCACUGCCGAUGCGCCUAUUCUCAAGCAAAACAAGUUCAAGAUACUUGGAACUGAUAAGUUUGCUAAGGUGAUUGAUUUUUUGUCCCGGCAACUUCAGAGGGAGAGCAUGUUUGUAUACAUCAACAGUGCAUUCUCACCAAAUCCAGAUGAAUUGGUGAUUGAUCUGUUUAAUAAUUUUGGCGUUGAUGGUAAACUGCUGGUCAACUAUGCUUGUUCAGUGGCGUGGGGCUAACUUUCGGCGAUGCCCGUGCUGAUUUACGCUGUUCAUACUUGAGAUCUUUUGUUACAUAUUAUGAAUAUUUGUGGUGUUUUCUUGGACCCAACGAGUAAUAAGGAAACUUCAUUGAUGCAAACCUUGCAAUAUCGUUUGCUCCGUGUACUUACUUCUACAAUACCGUUCUGUAGAUCUCAUGCAAGCAAGCGCCGUACAUAACUAGUUGAUAUACUAGAAGUGUGAUUGAAGAGAUGGAGAUUUCAUUCAUAGAAUUCACAUGCAUUUGUAAGAUUUCUUUUUUCUUUUUGUUUAUGGUUAAUUUCCCACUUCAUCCAUUUAUACCCCUGCUUCAGUGAUGAGUCUGAAUAUACAAGACCUGUACUGGUUUAAGAUGCUUCUAUCGAAGGCUGGAGAUUUGUUUUUUA